GGAAAGGAUGGUUAGAAGAAAGUGAGCUGUGAUUGUUAGACAGCCAGGAACUAGAGGAAACAUUUUGAGAGCGUAUGUUCUCAAUUAGUUUACUUACAUGACGACGAGUCCUUGGGAUUCAAGUAGAAUCGCUACGCACUUGUAGAUAUUACAAACAAUAAUUAAACGUGCUGCGUUAGCCUGUAACAAGAUUGUAAUUCCCUUUUUUUAUUUGAACCAAAAAACGUUUUAAAUGCAACGCUGUUUGAUAUAUGAGAAGACUAUGGCAGCCGAGACGAGGAACGGCGGGAGUUCACUAAACAACAAUAACUGCAAAGACCACAGCAGGAGAAAGUUACUGGUCGGAGUGGAUCUCUUCUGCUUGUUUUUAGCCGGCCUGCCUUUCUUGGUCAUUGAGACCAGCGCUGUUCAGCCUUACCGUAGAGGGUUUUACUGCGACGAUGAGUCCAUCAAGUACCCGGCCAAAAAUGGAGACACCAUUAGCGACGGUGUGCUUAGCGCUGCUGGCAUUCUUAUCACCCUCCUCUCUAUCAUCAUCGGUGAGAGCUACAGGAUCUACUUCCUGAACGAGGGAUCCAAGUCUUUUGUGGGGAACCCCUACAUAUCUGCUCUAUACAAGCAGGUGGGCGUGUUCAUCUUCGGCUGCGCCAUCAGCCAGUCCUUCACCGACAUCGCCAAAGUGUCAGUGGGUCGCAUGCGCCCUCAUUUCCUCGAUGUGUGCAAACCUGACUUCUCCACUAUCAACUGCUCCCUGGGCUACAUCACAGACUACCAAUGUCAGGGGCCAGAGAGCAAAGUUCAGGAGGCCAGGAAGUCUUUCUUCUCUGGACAUGCAUCAUUCUCCAUGUACACCAUGCUUUACCUGGUGUUUUACCUGCAGUCUCGUUUCACUUGGCAUGGAGCUCGCCUGCUGCGCCCGCUGACCCAGUUCACCCUCGUCAUGAUGUCUUUCUACACCGGCCUGUCCCGUGUCUCUGAUCACAAGCACCACCCCACUGAUGUCAUGGCAGGUUUUGUGCAGGGAGCCCUGGUGGCCUACUGCAUAGUAUUCUUUGUGUCUGAUUUGUUCAAGCUCAAAGGUCGACGCUCUACCCUGUUGCCAACCCCAGUGAAGAAAGAUCUUGUUCCUCCAGCAGACAUCCGAGAACGGAGCAACCAUCUCAUCAUGGCCUAGAGAGGACUGCAAACUGACUGUACAUAACCCUGACCUGUGCCAUUUAAGUCACCGCUUCAGCCACUGGCCAAUACUGGAUAGAAUAAACUCCCAACAAUCUGGAUAGUGCAGACACAAUAUGGAAUCUUGAACAUCUCAGAGGAUGAGAAGAGGCUACGAAAAACGGAAAUGGUCAUGUUUGUCCUCAGUCUCACCAGACAUUUUAAUGUGGGAAAGAGAGAGGACCAAGGACGUUUGUACCUCCUCUGUCGUGAAGAUUACUGGAGAGUCGCCUCUGUCAAGGCCUUUCCAUGGACAAAAGUCUGAAAUGAAACAAAACUGAGAAAUGGCAGCUGUAAACAAAGCUGUGUGUGGCUUUUCUGCCUUCUCCGCUCAGCUGCAUCCAGUAUAGGAUCAACACUAGCAUUCCUGCCACUGACUCACUGUGUGACUAAUACAAACAAAUCAUGACAAAAAAACUGAUUCCUUGAUUUCAUGAAGGAUGUUGUUUUUGUUACAAACAUAAGCAUUGUAUUUAGGCCUGUCACACUAACUACUUUAGUUGAACGAUAUAUCGUUUUAUGUCACUCAUAUGUUGAUAAUAUAAAAGCAGGAUAAUGUGAAUACACCCUUUCAAAGUGUAUUCUGCUUAUUCUGCCAUCAUGUUGGAGACAUUCUUAUGUAAACAGACACACAAGUACACACAACGGGCAAUGUCAAGGUCAGCAAAAAUGAUUGCGGUCAUGUCCAUUUAUCGUGCGAUAAGUCGAUAGCGUAGUUAUCGUGACGGGCCUCAUUGUGUGUGUGAUUUAUAGCACUAUUUUAGCUGAACUCAGUACUGUUUGUCACCACUUGAAUGACCUGAAGUGAAGCUUUUGGAAAGCUUUGUAAGACUUUGUAAGCUUUUAUGUCCAUAAUGUUGUGUUCCUUAGAAGGUGCACAAAUGUGUUGGAUGUGGGCCUCUUUCUGCUGGCAAGGACGAGCCCCCGCUGAGCCAUUUAAUGAAAGUACUGUCUGCUAUAUGAACCAGACUCGCAAGUGUUAGGUCAGAGAGAGAGUGUGUGUGUGUCUUUGUCUGUGUGUGUGUGUGUGUGUGUCUGUGUCUGUGUGUGUGUGAGGUCUUUCUGUGAGCGUGCCAGUUUGUCUUAAUGUCAUGUCUAUAUAUUUCAGUGUUUAUAGCCUCUCUUCAGCCAGAAAAUGGGCACCUGCUCCAACAGACACAUGCAAUUUGAGACGGGAACACUGUGGAAAGAAAGCAUCACAUGUAGUACAUGUACUUUACUGUUACUUAUCGUAGUGAUGAUUCACAUCACUGAGAAAUCCUGUGAUAUACUGUAUGCUACACAGGCAUAUAUAUAUAUAUAUAUAUAUAUAUAUAUAUAUAUAUAUAUAUAUA